UUCAUGAGAAGGAAACAGAAAAAGCUUUGAACUUUCUGAAAAUUUGAGCUGAUUUUUCAAAUGGGUCUCUUUCGAUUUUCGAAUUCGAUUGUGUUUGUUGUUGUUUUUGGAUUGAUGAACAUGUUCGGUUCUGGGUUUGGAGCAAGAAAGCUUGCUGCGUUGUAUGAACCGCCGCCGGUGGCCAUCGGUUACCGUAAUGGGGCGUUGCUUGACGGCGAUGUUCCUGUUUCCAUUUUAUGGUAUGGGAAGUUUACGGCGGCUCACAAAGCUGUUCUUGUCGACUUUCUUCUGUCGUUGAAUUCCAAGAGUGACACCGCCGCCAGCAACGCGCCGCCGGUCUCUCGCUGGUGGAGUACCGUUCAGGUUUAUAUGAAAAGAGCCGGAAAGAAAGAGGCUCGGGUGAUUUUAGCGAACCAAGUGACAGACGACAGCUACUCCAUUGGAAAACUCCUAAAGAAGCUUCAAAUUUCCGAGUUGUCACGGAGGGCCGGCUCGAAACACGGCGGCGUGACACUGGUUCUCACGGCGGAGGACGUCGCCGUCGAGGGUUUCUGUAUGAGCAGCUGCGGGUUUCACGAUUGGGACCACAAAUCAAAAUCGGCAUUCAUAUGGGUCGGCAACUCAGUGAGUCAAUGUCCGGGUCAAUGCGCCUGGCCUUUCCACCAGCCCAUUUACGGCCCACAAACGCCGCCGCUCAUACCGCCCAACGCCGACGUCGGACUCGAUGGCAUGAUAAUCAACAUCGCCACUCUUUUAGCCGGAACCGCCACGAACCCAUUCGGAGACGGCUACUAUCUCGGGUCGCCGGCGGCGCCGCUGGAGGUGGCGACUGCUUGCCCCGGAGUGUACGGGAAAGGGGCUUAUCCGGGAUACGCUGGUGACCUGCUGCAGGAUGGCACCACCGGCAGCAGCUAUAACGCCGUUGGCGUCGGAACCAGAAAGUACCUUUUGCCGGCGUUGUACGACCCUGUAACUGCCCGGUGUUCAACUCUCGUUUGAUCCGGGAGGGUAUUUUAGUCAUUUUGAGAAAGAGAUGUGGUUGGUCAUGUGACCUUAUAAUGUAUAUAUGAUGAUAAAUAUGAAAUAUGUCUUAAAAAA